CUCGUCACAUUCAGAUGCUAUGCGGGUGGACGUCGUAAGUCGGAUAUUUGUGAGACAACGGGACUGAGUAAACAUCAGAAGGUUAUUCUGGUGACAAGGUGGAAACAGUUAACGCAACAGAUGAUCCUUGAUGCGGGUCAACGUGUCUUUGAGACGAUCUUUCAGAGAGAUCCGUAUUUGUUGAGUAUUAUUCACUUGGAGCAUUUACAAGGCACCGAUGGGUGGCGUAAUCAUGCUAACUUCAAUCUACAUGCACAGCGAUUCUCACACACAUUGACACAGUGUAUGCAAAACAUUAUGGAACCAUAUAUCGCAGCUGAUCUCUUACAAGAAUUCGGUGCAGCGUAUGCCGAAGAGGAGGACAGUGAGAUGGAGUUGCGUGAUAAUAUACCACACAGCUACUGGGAUCGUCUCAGUUCAGCGAUCACUUCAACUGUCAAGGAACUACUCGACAGUUUAACUCCGAAAGGUACGACCAAUCAUGUAGAUGAAAUCCACUCUUCUCUUAACGUCCUUCCAAGCCCAUUUUCCAAAUCUCGAGUUACAAAAUGCAUACAACAUCUAAAAGUGUUUCUUUUUGGAACAGAUGGGCGUAACACACUCAGCGUUAAUGAUGCGUUGUUGGUGAAUAAAGACAGACUUGCAUUGCAGAGUAAUUCGACAGAUAUUUGUGCAUGGAAUGUGUUUGCGAUGUUCGUAUCAAAUCAAAUUCGAUUCGGAUACGAAAUGGAACGAAUGUUACGUGCUGAAUUACGGAAACUCGGUUUAAGAAAUCAAAGAAAAACUGCUUAA